AGCCUCGCCGGGAGGGAGGAAGGAAACGUGUGUUUCAAUUCAUAUUUGACGGGCUUCUCCUGGUUGUGAUUAGCCACCGGUCCAUACUGCUGGAAUACCGUUAAAAAGGAGGUUUCCGUCGUGUAUUUUAACGGCGUUGUGACGCAAACGCUGUAAAAGCUGUUAGGAUUUGUGACCUGGCUGCAGCAGCUGACUCUGUAGUCUUGAGGUUGAGUGCAGUCGCUGGGCAGUUUGUCAGGAGGGAAAACAAGCUAACAAGUAGUUAGCAACUCAAGUAGUUAGCCAGUUAGCCUGCCUGCUCAGCCACUACAGCCACCACAGCAAGUCCCACCCUCCAUCAAAGUGCGUUGGACGUCGUAAGAAGAGGCUGCAACUUAGCCAGCAUCGCUGUGUGCAGCCGGCUGGCAGAAAAAUAGCCGUUAGCAAGGCAACCGCCAACCAACGGUUAAAAAACGGUUGGCCAACGGUCAAAAAAAAUUGGCUUUAACGUUUGGACAAGUGGAGGGAUACGGGUCGCUACACUGGCAAAGAGACUGGCUAAAAAGAAGAGACGAACUAUAAGAGAGAGAACAAGAAAGACACCGAGAAGAGAAAGGAGGAGGUGGACUGGCUAGUUUUAGCCGGGGAGACACACAAUCUCACGUAAAUAGAUAGCAAACGCCGCCACCGAGCAACACACCAGCCAUGAGUAUUGAGAUACCGGUGGGGUUGACAGAACUGCUGCAGGGCUACACUGUGGAGGUGCUGCGACAAAGGCCGUCGGACCUGGUGGAUUUUGCAGUACAGUACUUCACCCGUUUGCGGGACACCAGAAGCCAGGAUGGGGCCAGUUCCGGUGGCAAGACGGGGAAAGGGGUGAUGUUCGAUGGGGAGCCGAUGCAAACAGAGUCCAACGGAGACGAUGACGAUGAUGACGAUUCUGACUUUGAGCCUCCACCACCCAGCAGAUUCAACAGGAGAGUGUCAGUGUGUGCGGAGGCGUUCAACCCAGACGAGGACGAUGAAGACUCGGAGCCCAGGAUUGUUCACCCAAAAACAGAUGAGCAGCGCCUCAGACUGCAGGAGUCCUGCCGAGACAUCCUACUCUUCAAAACACUAGAUCAGGAGCAGUUCUCGGAGGUGCUGGACGCCAUGUUUGAGUUACGGGUUCAGCCCAAGGAGCACGUCAUUGACCAGGGAGACGAUGGAGACAACUUCUACGUCAUAGAGAGGGGGGUGUUUGACAUAAUGGUACAGGGAUCAACGGUGGGUCAGUAUGACAAUAAGGGCAGCUUCGGGGAGCUGGCACUCAUGUACAACACACCACGCGCCGCCACCAUCGUCGCCACCGAGGAGGGGUCGCUAUGGGGACUGGACCGCGCCACAUUUCGUAGACUCAUUGUGAAGAACAAUUACAAGAAGAGGAGGAUGUACGAGACUUUCAUUGAGUCCGUGCCCUUACUGAAAUCACUGGAGGCAAAUGAGAGGAUGAAGAUAGUGGAUGUAUUAGGAUCAAAGCAGUUCCCAGAGGGUGAGCGCAUCAUCACACAGGGAGACAAGGCUGACUGCUUCUAUAUAGUAGAAUCUGGGGAGGUCAAGAUCAUGAUGAAGAGUAAAACGAAGGCAGACCACGCAGACAAUGCGGAGGUGGAGUUAACGCGCUGUAGCAGGGGUCACUACUUUGGGGAGCUGGCCUUGGUCACUAACAAGCCCCGGGCCGCCUCAGCCUACGCAGUGGGCAAUGUCAAGUGUGUGGUAAUAGACAUUCAGGCCUUUGAGCGCCUCCUGGGUUCCUGUAAGGAGAUCAUGAAGAGGAACAUCGCCCACUAUGAGGAACAGCUGGUGGCCUUGUUCGGCUCCAGCAUGGACCUGAGAGACUGAGCCUCCCACACCACCCUCCGUGCCUUCUACUACUAUUACUACACACACACACAAACACAUACACACACAUACACAUACAGACAUAUGUCCUCUCUCACAUCAUGCAGUGGCUACACAGACGCAUAAUAAGCUUUACACAGAAGAGCGUACAAACACAUGAGGAUUUGUACUUGGCUCAACUGCAAGUACAUGUAGGAAAACACCCUCACACACACAUGUACAUGUACAUUGACACCUAUGUAGACACUGAGAGACACCUCACUUUAGUCUGCUCAUCUCCGUGCACAUACCAGUUCAACACACUUCUUGAUAAGCUCACACACACACACACAGAGCAAGCUAAAGGCCACACACCUCGUUGCUUGAGCCAGCUUCAACCUCUCAGUAUGAAUGUCUCUGCUGCAUUGGCCUUAAUACAGGUAACGCAGUGUAAGGACAUAAAACACACAUGUACACACUCCAUACACAUUUAAAAACACAUCACCAUGCUUCAUAUGUGCAGGCAUUGCAUUCACAUGAGCACUUAAACGACUCAAAAGUUGUUCCAACAAGCCUCAGCAAAGGACACAUCAACAUCCAAACACACACACUCAGACACACACACAGGGGUACAGAUACGUAUACUCAAAAACACAUAGGCAACCACACUUGCAAAAACGGACACAUUGUGGUAAAAUGGAGAAGAAAAACUUUUAAAAUCUCUGAAAAAGGAAAAUUAAUCAAAAUGCAAAAAAAAAAGACAGAGAGAGAGAAAAGUUUAAAGAAGACAGAAGAUAAGUUUUAGAAACGUUUUAUGAAGAUUAAAAAAAACAGAAGCUUUGAUAAAAUAUUAUUUAAAUAAAAAAAAAGUGUUUCCUCUUUGGGAGGCCGGGGUGCAGAACUUUGUGAACGCACUCCAUUUCUUCCUCUACUGUUGUUGAUUGAGUUGAGUUAGUGCUGGUGAUUAUUGCAGUACCACAGAAGAAGCAGUGAAAACAAUAAAAACCCUACGUUUUCUGGGCCAUUGUUAUUCUCAUCUUUGACGCCACAGUUCAUUGUAUUGAAUUAAUUAUUAAUGUAUUGUUAUUAUAUAUUCAUUUAUUAUUUUUUGUUUUACUUUGACCAAUUCUGAUAAAAUUCACCAUCCAUCUCUGACAAAAUGUAAAAAAACAGAAAAAAAAAUCUAAUAAAAAACAUUAGUGCUUAUUUCUCCUUGAUUAUCCUUGAAUGAGUUGUCCUGGAUAAAAAUACUGAAAAAAUAAAGCAAACAUUUUGUUAAAAAAA